UAACUUUUGUUAUUUAACAAACAAUUUGAUAACUAUUGUUUAAAACCAACAUUAAACUGUUAGAUCUGAUCUAUUUAGUUUCAGAUUAAUGAUUUAGUUUAAUAUGGAGAAAGAGAGUUCAAGACUGGAGAUGCUGGACGAGGCAUCUUUAACUCGUCAACCAGAAGAGGUGUUUGAUAUACUAAGUAAACUAGGGGAGGGAAGCUAUGGUUCAGUUUUCAAAGCUUUACAUAAAGAUUCGAAACAGAUUCUUGCAAUUAAACAAGUUCCCGUGGAUACAGAUCUACAGGAGAUCAUCAAGGAGAUAUCGAUCAUGCAGCAAUGUGACUCUCCCUACGUAGUGAAAUAUUACGGAUCGUAUUUUAAGAACACGGAUUUAUGGAUAGUGAUGGAAUACUGCGGGGCCGGAUCCGUAUCAGAUAUAAUGAGACUAAGAAAGAAAACUUUGUCCGAGGACGAGAUCGGUACUAUUCUCUGUGAUACACUUAAAGGUUUGGAGUAUUUACAUCUACGUAAGAAAAUCCACCGAGAUAUUAAGGCGGGAAACAUUCUGCUCAACUCCGAGGGGCACGCUAAACUCGCGGAUUUCGGAGUUGCUGGUCAACUCACCGAUACCAUGGCCAAAAGAAAUACUGUGAUAGGAACUCCGUUCUGGAUGGCUCCCGAGGUUAUCCAGGAGAUUGGAUAUGAUUGUGUAGCGGAUAUUUGGAGCUUAGGCAUCACGGCGUUGGAGAUGGCGGAGGGGAAACCGCCCUACGGAGAUAUUCAUCCGAUGAGAGCGAUAUUUAUGAUUCCUUCCAAACCUCCUCCAACCUUUCGGGACAGCGACAGAUGGUCGCCGCAGUUUAUCGACCUUGUGUCGCGGUGCUUGGUGAAAACACCAGAGAAAAGAGCGACAGCAAGCGAGCUUUUACAUUCAGACUUUAUUGUGAACGCCAAAUCCUGUCAGAUCCUUCACGGUAUUAUUCUGGAGGCGGCUGAAAUACGGGAUAAUCAACUCGACUCAUUAGACGAGGAUAAUGCCGAUAGUGGAACAAUGCUACCCGGAGAUCAAGGAACCCUAAUCAGUAUAUCAGACGGAACCUUUGUCAAUCAUCCUACCAACCCGGAGUACGACGGAACCAUGCUCCAGUACGGAGACGGAACCAUGGUACAGCAUGGAACCGGCUCCAUGAUAGGGGUAGAAGGAGGAACUAUGGUUCAACAUGAUACUGGACCAGGUUCAGCCAUAUCCAGGACUAUGUCUGGUAUAGAUUCUAACCUGGGAACUAUGGUUAUAAACGAAGAAGAGGAGGAUAGCACAAUGAAACAGUACGGGACGGCUCCAGGUGGUUCGAAAUACAGGCCAGAAUUUCUAGAUCAUUUUGAUAAGAAGGAGAAUGACGAGGAGAAGAAGAUACGCCCUGAACCUGAAUCUAAACCCAAACCUGCUCCGGUAGUAGUCGAGGAAAAGUCCCCUCAACUUGAAAUCGCAAAACAAAAUCUGCAACGACAACUUCAACAAAUUGCAGGACAAAAUUUGUCAGUGGCCAUGAGCCAGCCUUUAAACCCAUUGAGUUCCGAUAAGUUCCAGAGAUCUAUUAACGAGGGAGACUUCGAGUUCCUUAAGUUUCUACCCUUUGACGAACUUAGUAUGAGAAUGUCAGGUUUGGAUUCUGAGAUGGAGAAAGAGAUUGAAGAUCUGAGACGAAGAUAUAAUGCAAAGAGACAACCCAUCCUUGAUGCCAUGGAUCAGAAACGAAAACGACAACAAAACUUUUAAAUUUAUUAUUAAUCAUAGAACUAGUAAGUUGGGUAUUGGCACUUUUUUAUGUCCAACAUUAAUUAUUAAACGAUGUCCAAACGAUGUCUACCUGUAAUCUACUUAAACGUUAUUUAUAAAAACCAAAUUAUCAGGUUACAAGACGCCUUCCAUAUGUAACAUGUGAUUAUAAUGUUGUUAUCCAAACUAUCAUAGGUUAUUUUAUUGAUAUGUGUCAAAUGACACAAUUCCUAUUCAAUAUUCAUGCUAAAACUAGAGAACGAUAAGUAACAUAUGCAAUUCAUGCUGAAACUACCGACUUUCGUGAACUUAAAAUUUUUUUAAAAGCAGGUAUACCGAGCGCUUCAGCUAUUGUUUUGAGAUAUUAUGUUUACUAUCUUCUUAAGCGAAAUAAUGAAACUUUAGAAAAAUUUAGAUAAAAAAGAUAAAUUGUCAAUUUCUUCUCUUGUUUCUGCUGCAUAGACUUUUAGAAAAGCUGCAUUUGGAAAUCUAUUGAUUUUCAAAUAGAAACGUAAGGGUUUUCCUUGUUGUUCAGACAAAGGUUUAAAUGGUACCGUUUUACAUCGGGCAUUUCACUCUUUGGAAAUGAAGGAUUACUUAAACUUAUGUUACAGCCUAUUUUAGUCAAGAGUGCACGGUUUAAAAUUUUCUGAUUUUUAGAUUUGGUUUUGUUUAUUUCUCAAUAUAUUCUUUUGAUUAUUGUGAAAAUUCUUUAGUGCGUUGUUCCAACGUGAUUCUUAGGAAAUAGUUGGAAUUUUUACUGCAAAUAUCUUAACUAUAAACAAGAAAACUGUAAUUUCAUGCUUGCAAUGUCUUCGACAAAAUCUUCACGCUUUCAAAUCAUAGUUCUCAACUACUUUCAAAACAAAUAUACCCAUGUUAACAUUAUUAACGAACUUAUAUCAGUCAAAGUAUUAUAGUAUUGAAAUUUUCAUAGAAAGUGGUUAUCAAUAUUUGUACUCUUUAAUCGCUUUGUAUAUAAGUUAUUCUUAAAGUCCAAAUUCAGUCUUGAUCUUAUCAAAAAUAAUGAUUAGAAUCCUUUCCAAUGGUUGUUAAAAACACGCUUCUAUAAUGUAUAUUGUAUACCCCCUGGUAAAUUUUUACUAGUAUAUUUGAAUGAUAUUUAAAAUAUUUUACCUUUUAUAUUUGCUUGAAACACAUGAACCUAUAAAACUUGAGAAAAGGGAAGCCUAGAAAUAAUAUUUAUGUUCCCUGUGAAUAAUAAACGUCAAAAAAAUCUCUUCUAGAAAGCAGAUUUCUUACGAUGAUCUAGAAUGGGCUUUUCUAGUUUCUCCUCCAAUAAAUAAUACAAUUCUUCCUGUUUUUGAAGAUCUAGAAAGUAUAUUUCUAGUCUCUACUAAAUAUAAAGAUCUACAAAGCAUAUUUCUCUUUAUUAUGUUAACCUAGAAACAUUAUUUCUAGUCUCUCCUCCUGAUUUCAGAA